GCGCAGGGUGAUGACGAUUUAAUGUUACGCUAAACACGACGGGCUAAACACAACCUGAAAUUARCUUGUUUCCUUAAUUUGUUCUAACUCUCAAAAUGGCUAAGAUGAAUAAGGGUCCGAAAGCGAACGUAUCGUGGGUGAAACCAGCAGAACCGUCAUUUUUAAAGAAAUUCAAGAAKGAUGUUGGCUUUAAGGAAGGACCUACCAUUGAUACCAAGCGUUUAGAGAUGCCAGCCUUGGAGGAUGACAGUGGCAGUGAUCGUGAAGAUGAGCUGCCUCAAGUUGUCAUUCUCAAAAAGGGAGAUUUAAGCGCUGAAGAAGUGUUACAGAUAAAAGAGGUAAAGGAUGGUACAGAAAAAGACAAGCCUCCUGCGGACGGCAAGAUCCUGUUCAAGAAGCCCACGAAGCGCUCCUCCGACAAGUUCCAGGGCAUCACCGCCAGCUCUAACAAGAAGAAGAAGAGUGAAGGAGAGAAAUUGGGAGGAGAUGAAGAGAAAAAGGAGGAGAAGUCUGAAAAGAAGGUGAAAAACAAGAGUCUUCUCUCUUUCGGAGAGGAUGAGGAUGAGGACUAGAAGUUAAUUCACCGCAGGGAUUUCAGACUAGAGCAAUCAACCGCUCAUCAGACUAGAGCAAUCAACCGCUCAUGGAUUAUGGAACUGAUCUACUGCGGUUGUUGYUUUUUACUAUGGGCAAAAAGACCCAACAUAGAAUAGCUCAUARAUCGUAGUUUGUCCCACUAGACUAAGAUCCUUAGACAUUACGGGUCAUCCCCUCUCUUCUGGAGGUGGAAUCCCCUCUUCUGGAGGUGGAAUCUGGACAUGUAUCUGAAACAAACCCCUUCUUCACGAUCAAAGAUCUUUAGAUACAUAAGAUGCAUGCUGUUAUUCUUUGUCGACUGUAAGACGUCUCUGCUGUUGGAAAUGUUGCAUAGUGACUCACUGUGGGCCUAUUAUCCAUCCAUUACAACUGUAGUCYUCCGUCCUUCAGUGGACCCUCUGGACUUUUUCAUACAGCCAACACAGGGUCUGGAUCUAAGAUUUAUCAAGGUAACCCGUGUGACAACAGCUACUAAGGGGAAAGAAAUGAGCUGGUGGUUUUGGUCAAAAAAAUAUAGUCUGGAGAGUUGAUGUGCUACUUUCCUACUUCUAGAGUCAAUCAUUCAUUGGAUGUAGAAAUGUGUUUUAGCUUCGACAACGGAGCUUCAAAAGAUGUUUAAGUUAAACACUUCAUUGUUUUUAUGCCAAGUGUUGGAUUUUUCUGUGAUUUGUAUUGUGCUUUUUUAAAUGAUGUUUUUUAGUUGAAUAAGUUUGAAAUGUAACUAUUAAAAUACAUUAAGGCCUUA